AUGGCGAUUAAGGAUUUUUAUGACAGACCAAAUCAAAGUUUCGAUUUUCUCGUGAAAAUUUAUCGAGGGGAACAACCUUAUCAGGAAGUUCUUGCAGAUGUCCAUUUCGUUUUAUCUUUGUAUAUUGAAGCAUCUGUGUGUGCAGAUAGAACCGAUAUUGUUGAUGAAGCCAUCACAUUCUUUCGCGCGAAUGUCUUCUUCCGAAACUUUGAUAUCAAAAGCUCAGCGGAUAAACUCCUCAUCUAUUUGACAUUGUACAUUAAUGUGGCUUUGAAGAGGCUUGAAGGCUGCAGAACUUUGGCUGAAGGAACCAAGGCCAUCAUCAACUUGGGUCUGGAAAAGGUUCCUGUCCCUGGAGAGCCUGGUUUUCCUUUUCCAGGCCUUUUCCCCCUUCCUCAGUCUCAGAAGGAAGCAGAGCUGCUGAGGAAUUAUCUGAAGCAGAUCAGGGAGGAAACAAGUGGAAGAUUAUUGAGUGUUGCAUAUAGACCCAAUGGGACUCCAAAUAAAUGGUGGCUGGCUUUUGCGAAAAGGAAAUUUAUGAAUGUCAUUGUGCCUUGAAGAGUUUGCUCUAAAUGCUCCAUCUAGUGACUCCAUAUGAUGAGUUGUGGAAAAUACCUGUGCGGUUGAUCUGUGAUAAGAAUAUGAAGAGCUGAUCAGGGAGCAUGCUUGCUUCUUGUGAGCAGGUAUGAAAUGGGUAAGGGCUCGGUUAUCCCUGCAAGAACUUUGAAUCAAGUAAUCGAACUAGGGGGGCAAUCAUUUGUUAUAGUUUGUGUAAAUGAUCAACUUCUUAUUUUUCUCUGACGAUGUUGGUUGUCUUGUUC